AGGAUGGAAAACAGGAGUAUCUCUCCCUUCUUCGAGAAGUGAAUAUUGCAAUAGUAGUUGUUUGAUUUCCCUCCUCUCUUCCCAUCCUAUUAUUUCCUCCAUCUCCUCGCCAUACGUAUUCUGUAUUCCUCCAGAACAAACUAAAACAGGUGUCCAACUUGUCAUGUCCACUUCAAUUCCCCAGGGCCACGGAAACCACUAUUGUUCAGAAAACCAGAAGGUUCAGGCUUCCAGCUUGUAUAUAUUAACACGUAAAGCAUCUCACAGGGAAGGAGGGGAAGAGAUGUCACUGGUGACGAAAGCAACGAAGGCGAAAGUGGAUGUUUAUUACGAUGGUGAAACAUGCAGUGAGAAAUUCGCUCUGUUGUUGGCGGAAAUGGGGUUCCCGAACUGCCUGUUGACGGUGCUGAACAUAUAGGAGUGCGGCUCCAUGUGGCUGUCACUUUACCGCCAUUGUAUUACAGCUUUGACACCACAACUACAACAGAAGGUGUAAAUUUAUAUGAAAGGAAAUUGUUUACAUUUGUUUGUGUUCUUGUGUUUUCUCGUACUACUCUGUCUCUGUAAAUGUAAAAAUUAUUCUGGGGAGCAAAGAUAUGCUUGUGCAUAAUCUGGAAAUGGGCGGAAUGAAGAUGAUGGAGUAAU